UAUAAUGUGACGUAAGCGCGGUGUCCGGUUAGCUAGCUUGUGGCUAGUUAGCAACUUGUUAAAACACGUAUCCGGGAACCGAGAAACUUGAGCGUUCCAGCAAAUAGAUAACCUUUUUUUUAAUUGCCUUUGGUGACUGUCGACAUCGACCAUGGACGAUGAUUGCUACCCCAAAACAUUGUAUGUGGGAAACCUCUCCAGGGAUGUAACAGAAAUUCUGAUUCUACAACUCUUCGCACAAAUAGGGCCUUGUAAAAGCUGUAAAAUGAUCACAGAGCAUACAACCAAUGACCCCUAUUGCUUUGUAGAAUUCUUUGAACACAGAGAUGCUGCAGCAGCCCUAGCAGCUAUGAAUGGAAGAAAAAUACUUGGAAAGGAGGUCAAAGUAAAUUGGGCCACCACUCCCAGUAGCCAAAAGAAAGACACAUCCAAUCAUUUCCAUGUGUUUGUCGGUGAUCUCAGCCCUGAGAUUACCACUGAGGAUGUGAGGGCUGCAUUUGCACCAUUUGGGAAAAUCUCAGAUGCUCGAGUUGUGAAGGACAUGGCGACAGGCAAAUCAAAGGGGUAUGGAUUUGUGUCCUUCUACAACAAACUGGAUGCUGAGAACGCCAUUGUUCACAUGGGCGGGCAGUGGCUAGGAGGACGCCAAAUCAGGACCAAUUGGGCAACACGAAAGCCACCUGCUCCAAAAAACUCUCAGGACAAUGGCUCAAAACAACUGAGGUUCGAGGAUGUUGUGAGCCAGUCCAGUCCACAGAACUGUACCGUGUAUUGUGGAGGGAUCCAGUCUGGACUGUCUGAUCAAUUAAUGCGGCAGACAUUCUCACCAUUUGGUCAGAUCAUGGAAAUCAGAGUCUUCCCAGAGAAGGGAUAUUCUUUCAUCAGGUUUUCCUCCCAUGACAGUGCUGCCCAUGCCAUUGUGUCAGUAAAUGGCACAGGCAUUGAAGGACACAUAGUGAAGUGCUACUGGGGAAAAGAAUCUCCUGAUAUGACCAAAAGUUCACAGCAGGUUGAAUAUGGUCAAUGGGGCCAGUGGAAUCAGCUUUAUGGAAGUCCACAGCAGCAAUAUGGGCAGCAGUAUGUGACUAAUGGAUGGCAAGUUCCCUCCUACAGCAUGUAUGGCCAGUCAUGGAAUCAGCAAGGAUUUGGAGUAGAGCAAUCCCAGUCGCCCGGCUGGGUCGGAGGAUUUGGCUCUCAAUCAACUCAGGCUUCAGCCUCAGCAAGUUCAGUCGUGUCCAACCUGACCAACUUCAACAUGACUGGUUAUCAGACACAAUAAUCUUUAUGCUGAUUCUGGGCUGGUUUCCUAAAGGAAUCUGAAGUCUUCUGCCUUUUUCUUUAUUCCUUUCAUACCAACCCCGUUUAGAGCAUUUUCUAAUCACCCACCUUUGUAAAGACAAAUAGAUCUAACAUCCUUUAAGAUGUGAUUGCCUAAUUUAUUUUAUGCUUAUCACAUGUUAUAGAAAGGAUCUGUAACUAUGGCAACCUUUUUUUUUUUUUUCUUUUUUUUUUUUUAAGACUGCAGGCACUACUUUUCCCCCUCAGUGCACUCUGAAGUAAAGGGUAAUGACAGGCACCCUUCCAUUUGGCUUGAAAUUAUGUGCCAUUUGUUUUAUCAUACGUGUAAAAGUAGACAUACUUGAUAAUUUCUUUUUUUGUGGGGGGGGGGUCUUGGUUAGAACUGGUUGGAUUAACAAUAUAAUAACAAUAAUUGAAAAACAUCAUGCAUCUCCAGUAAUAUUGUACAUAACUAAGGGUAGUAUGUUAUAAAAAAUGUCAUCAGUAAAUAUCAGCAAUGUCAUACAGGGGUGCCUCUUAAUUGAUUUGUCCAAUUGUAAAUUGUCCACUGAGGAAUUAGCAUUUUUCUUGAAGUAGCAGGAAGCAGAUGAUGUUUUCGCUUGAACUGCACGAUUGUGACGUGUAAUAUUUGUUGCAUAAGAUAUUGAAUGUAAUGACAACUUGCUUUCAUGACAAAUUAUAAGUGAUGUUUAAUAAAAGCUGGGAAUGGUUUUCAUUAGAAAAUAGAAAACACAGUCACUUGAAAUAAAGACAUUCAAACCGGA